AUUUUAAUCGCUAUUAGCGUCGCUUUAAGGUUAUUGGUCAGACCAUGUUACGAAGUUUUAAAUAGCCAAUAGAAUAUCAAAUCUUCCAUUGACCUUACGAGUACCAACACACACUAAUAAAAAGCCUGACGUUCGUGUUCUAAAUGAGUUUACUUUUUGGGUUACGGUGGGAAACUUUUCAUUGCAAGUUUAAUUUUUUUUAGUUUAUAGUACUCAUUUGUGAUACAUUUAUUUUAUACAAAAAAAUUGUACCAGUGGUAGUGUAAAAGAACAUAUAUUUUUUUAUACCAUUUAACGAAGAACAAGUAAAUAAAAUAAUACUUUAGAAAUGGAGAAUAAAAGUGAAUUCCAAUACCCUCAUACUUUCAUCCUGAUGGGGGCUUCAGGAGAUUUAGCGAAGAAAAAAAUUUACCCUACAAUAUGGUAUUUAUACCGCGAUAAUCUUUUGCCGAAGCACUCGAAGUUUAUUGGUUAUGCUCGCACCAAACAAACUAUGCAGGAUGUGCGAGAAAAGACAAAAAAAUAUAUGAAAGUGCGACCUGGGGAAGAAGAAUUACUAGAAAACUUUUGGGCGGCAAACGAUUACUUAGCCGGAUCAUACGACAAAAGAAUUGAUUACGAGUUCCUGAAUCAAUUGAUUAGUAAGCAUGAGAAAGGAAUUUGUGCAAACAGAAUAUUCUACUUAGCUGUGCCGCCGACAGUGUUUGAAGAAGUUACAGUGAACAUAAAAACUUGUUCUUCUAUCAAGGGGUUUACUCGCGUCAUCAUUGAAAAACCAUUUGGCAGGGAUGAUGUCAGUUCAGAAAAAUUAAGCAACCACUUGGCUACUUUAUUUAGGGAAGAACAAAUUUAUAGAAUUGACCAUUAUCUUGGAAAGGAAAUGGUACAAAAUUUAAUGACCAUAAGGUUUGCAAACCAAAUCUUCAAUCCAGCUUGGAAUCGAGAAAACAUUGCCUCAGUUCUGAUCUCCUUCAAAGAACCAUUUGGCACUGAGGGCAGAGGUGGAUACUUUGACGACUUUGGAAUUAUCAGGGAUGUGAUGCAAAAUCAUCUUCUUCAAAUAUUGUCACUUGUUGCCAUGGAAAAACCAGUCACUCUAAACCCAAAUGAUAUCCGUGAUGAGAAGGUGAAAGUGCUUAGACAUAUCAACCCCAUUGAAUUAAAGGAUAUUUUAGUUGGGCAAUAUGUGGGUAAUCCUGAUGGUCAAGGUGAAGAAAAAUUAGGCUACCUUAAUGACCCUACCGUACCAAAGGGCUCGGUCACACCAACAUAUGCCCUUGCUGCUCUUUGGAUCAAUAAUGCUAGAUGGCAAGGUGUACCAUUCAUACUCCGAUGUGGGAAAGCCCUAAAUGAGAGAAAAGCUGAAGUUCGAGUACAAUACAAAGAUGUCCCAGGAGAUAUCUUCUCAGGACAUUCAAAACGGAAUGAAUUGGUGAUUCGUGUUCAACCUGGAGAGGCUUUAUAUCUAAAAAUGAUGUCAAAAUCCCCAGGAAUGAAGUUUGAUUUGGUGGAGACUGAGCUUGAUCUAACUUACAGUACUCGUUAUAAGGAAGCGAGUGUUCCAGAUGCAUAUGAAAGACUGAUUUUGGAUGUAUUUACUGGCACCCAGAUGCAUUUUGUGCGUAAUGACGAGCUGAAGGAGGCUUGGCGUAUUUUCACACCAGUCCUUAAGAAAUUAGAAGAAAAUAAAAUCAAACCUGUACCUUAUGUGUACGGCUCUCGGGGGCCACCAGAGGCAGACGGCAAGCUGUCUGAAUAUGACUUUAAAUUCUCUGGCUCCUACAAAUGGCAGAAACCAGAAAGCCCAUAAGUUUAUUUAUUGUAGUGUGGUGUUGGAUUGGGCUCUUCUAAACUGAAGUUGGUGAUAGUCCAGCACAAUAGUAUUCAAAAAUAAUAAGUUCUAAUGUUGUUUGAUAAGAAACAUUCCAUUAUUACUAUUUUUAUGUGUUUGUUUUAAAUGGUCAAUUUAAGGUUAAAUUAUUCUGGGUAAUUUUAAUUUAUAUUGUAUGGCUAUUCUGGUUCCAAUUGGCAGAAUGUUAUGGCAAUUUUAGGAUUAAUAAAUUUAAUACCUAAAUGCACACAAAUUGCAAUUUCUAUUAACAUACCUCAUUUUUGUAGCCACAACAGCUCUCAUGGAAUUUUCCAUAAUGUAAAAAAUUAAGCUAUGUUACAGUGGCAAAGGAUCCAUAUAUCCCUAUUUCUGCUGGCUUCUCUUUCGUAAUUUAUAUGAAAUUUAAUUAUCAUUACAAUGAAUUAAUGCAUACUGCAUUAAUGGAUAUUAGUACAGUUAUAUGUUGUGCUAGGUUCCCUUUCAGAAAAUGUUGCCCUUCAUCAUUGCCAUUCAUUACCUAUUUAUUUAUUGCCUAUAAAAUAUAAAUGCCCUGCCUAGCCAUCCUGCCAGUAGGCACCAGGGUAUAAAAAUUCCAUUUUAUAUCACAUAUACUUAUACUAUGUUAUUUCUAUACUGUAUCCAAAUCACUUCCAUAUUGAUCUAAGUUAAGAUUAAUAAAGACAUGUUUAUAAACAAUGUGAUAAGUAAUGGGGAUCAAUUUUAGUGUGAUGAAUAUGGUUGUGCAUGUGCCUUAUCCAAUAAUGUAUUAUCAUAAUAAUAUUAAAACAAGUUUCUUACUUAAUAAAGAAAACUGUGAUAAUCACGUGGGCAGUAUCAUGAAUCAUGUUGUAACUUUAGGCAAUUAUGUAAGAGUAAAGAGGUCAGGUACUCUCUCACCUUGACUGAUUUUUUCUGUUUACAGAUAUUUUGAGUUCAUAAAGUGCAUUAACUGUGAAAACAGCUACAAUUUUUUAAACCUUGCAUAAUUUCAUAUAUAUAAUAUUUUAUUAUUUAUUUACUACAUUUACAAUGUGUUACAAAAAUAAAGAUGUAUUUUUGAUAAAUAUUAUUAUUGAAUUGAUAUUGCAAUUGUGUAUUGUAUCUGCAAUCUACAGUAAAAAUACCAUAAAGGUCUAUACACACCACAUUUUUAAACAGGCUGAGAAACUGCGUUUUUUCCCGCGCUUUGUGUGUCAGUACGCCUAGCGCGAUAUGUGAAAGUAAACAGUUACCUUCAUUGCGUAUACUGCGCGUAUAAGUAACAAUUAGAAUGUUUCAAAAUGUUUAAAAAGAAAUUAUGCAUAAACCUUUAGAUUGAUAUAAGUCUUGAUUUUACUCAAACUGGAUCUUUUUUUUUCUAAAAAAUAAUAACAAAAAAGUACAUAAUAACGAAGCUGGAUUUAGACAGGUCACAGCUUUAGGUACAAUUUCUCAUCUUGGAUUUUUUCUCGCAGGAAAAAACAGAGUUACUCGAUACUAAAUAAUCAUUAUUGACCAUGAACACAGUAACUUACCAUAAUAGGCUAUUGGACCAAUUUCGGAAAUAUCUUAGUUUUCUGUUUUUAAAAUUGGGUAUUUAAUAAAACUUUCAAACUAAAAUUAAAGUAAAAACACUUCAGACCUCAGAGUAUUAAAAUUUUUGGAUCUAAUUAAAUACCAUAUAUUUUUCUAUCUAUCACGUUCAAAUGUCUAUUGUGCAUGCAUUAUCAUAUUAUUGGAAUAAUUGAACAUUGGAUCUGAGGGAUUGAUUUAAUAUGAUUCAACAUGUCAUAGUUUGUAGGGUACCUAUUCUUGUGUUAUCUUUCCUUUUUCGCGUUUUUCUUCCAUAACAUUGCACACCUGUAUACACGUAUUUGUGUCGCAGACUGGUAUUUGUUUCCAAUGUUAAUCAGAUUGAUAAACACACAUGUUAAAAGUGCCUACUCAUUGUAAUGUAGGUAUAUAAAAUAUCAUUUUCAAUAUAAUGUUAAAAUCCAGUAAUUGUUAUCAAGGCUUGUAAAAUAAAUCAGAAGACAUUCGGAAAAUUUAAUUUUCUUGAUGAACUUGCAAAUUUUACAUCACUAUAUUUUUUAUCGAUAUUUGGAUUUGGAGCUGUCUGAUUGGAUAUUAUUUAUAAAAUAAAAAUGUCUCAUAAAGUAUGUUAAGUCGUUUGUGGCAAAUGUUCCUAGUAGGUAUGUAGGUUAAAGGUACGUAGGUAUAUAUUUCUAAAAUAUUUAAUUGUGGCAAAUUAUAAUUAGUGACAAUCGUGAAAAUGACACAAAUUAGAUUAGACUGAUUUUUCAAUCCGCAGAUAAUAAAAUAAAAAAAUUACACGUCAUGUGUUUGAAAUCGUCAGUUUGUUAUAAUUUACUUGAUGGAUAAUUUUUAUCUGAGGAUUGAAAAAUCAGCCUUUAGUAUCGUAAAUAUCCUGUACCUAAGGUAAAAACGAGGAAAUAUUUUAUCAAUGUAAUUGAUGCCUAUUUAAUUUGAGAAUGCAAUGCUUAUUGAUUUUGUAGACAUAUAGGUAGAUGGGGAUCUAUAUAAGUACCUAUCUGAAAAUUAAUUACAAUAUUCAGUCAUUAAAUAAAUAUUAUUGAAUCUUUAAGGUUGUCCCUCGAGCAAAACGGCGCCUUAACCAUAUUUUUAGACGCUAACUAGCUAUUCGAAAUUUAUAAUACAUAUAGAAAAAUAUAAACAUAAUAUUUCCGCAAUCUGUUGUUGAAUAUCUUAUAUUGUUUCAGUAAGUUAUUACACACUGCCUCUAAAAUUGUCGAUUCUGUGCAUCUCUCAAAUAUACAGUUCUAAAGAUGUUUUAUUACGUGUCACACAUUAUAAAGUUUAAAUUUCAUAAAUUCUGUUGGUAUACUUAUUUUAAAUCUCUAGUACAGUAUACGGAAUGGGAAAUAUAUUUAUCAAGAUCAAGUGGCUAUCCAUAGGCUCUGCCUACCCAUUGGGAUAAAGGCGGAAUACCAUAUAUGUAUAUAAGGCAGUAAGUAUAUUGUUUUGAGAAUAUUAAAUAGGUGCUACAAUUGAUCAUCACGUUUUAUAACACAAUUUACCUAUUCUAAUUACUCAUUCAAAAUAUUUCUACAAUAUGUUUGGAAGUUAUAUUAUUCUAAUCCAAAUUGGGGCGAAGGUAAAACAAUACAUAGCAAAAAUAUUUAAUACCGAACGAUUAUAAUUAUUAAGUACCUAUGUAAACUUGUACCUACUGCCAAGUGAAUUUUUAUGUUUUGUAACGAUUUUUAUUAAAUAAAUAUCAAUUUUGUACACAAA